AUGUUCAUCGAUAAUUGUACUGCACACGGAGAAAUACCUAACCAGAAAAAUAUAAAAAUAAAGUACUUACCUCCAAAUACCACUUCAAAACUACAACCACUGGAUCAGGGCAUCAUCCAAAGCUUCAAAAUGCAUUAUAGGAAGGAUGUUAUCAGACGAUUUCUUGCUGAUGUUGAACGUCAAACACCAACUACAAUUGACGUUUUACAAGCCAUGUGGAUAAUCGCCAAAGCUUGGAAUCUAGUCACUGAAAAGACCAUUGCAAACUGCUUCAAGAAAAGUGGGCUUAAAGUAACAUGCGAAGAUGAGGAGGAUGAUUUACCAGUCGCAAAACUUGCUAGGACCAGACAAAGAGUUCAAGAAGAAAUACACCUUCAAGAGACUGAGUUCGAAGACUUCGUUACCUUUGAUAAUGAUUUAGCCAGUUACUAA